GCAUCACACCGGGCGUUGCCUCGCUCACCAUAAAUUCCUGAGUAAGCUGUUCGUGAGUUCGGCCAUCACCAGAGCUCUUCACCGAACACCAAACUACACUUUCUGCCUCUUCGCGUCUUGUCAUUCUUGCAACCAUGACUCAGCUGGAGAAAUGCAUGCAGGACCUUAUGUUGAUCUUCCACAAUUACUCUGGCGAAGAUGGCGAUAAGGCAACCUUAAGCAAGAAAGAAAUGAAGAAGCUCAUUGAGAAAGAGUUACCCACCUUCCUGGCAGCCCAGAAGGACCCAAAGUUUGUGGAUUCUCUCAUGAAAGAUUUGGACCAAAACAGGGAUGAUAAGAUAAACUUUGAAGAAUUCCUUUCCCUUAUCUGCGGCCUCUCAAUGGCCUGUGAGGAGUGUUUCAGGCGCAGUGAAAAGAAGGGAAAGAAGUAAAACUGCCUGUGGCAAAGCUUCACUUUUUGUGUCUGAUUAUUCUUUUAGUAUAUUAUGUACAAGAUACCUUUUUUGAAUGAAGCUUUCUUGUAGAUGCAUCAAGUGUUUCUUUUUUUUUCUAAAUAUACUCUGUGUACCUAGUUCUUGAACACCUGGAGCUAUUUUAGUCUGGAAGAGUUCUGCCAAUCCCAUAGAAAUACCCGGGAAUGAACUGAGAAUAUUGUUAAGGUCACAUCUGAUACACACAGCAUUUCAGCUGUAAAUCCUCCUUCAAUAUUUGGCUAAGGCAGCAUUUAAAUGGUUCAGUGUAGAAACAUGUCAGGUGUGUGUGUGUGUGUGCUCCAAGGCCUGAGCUUGGAUGUUUGCCUGAGUUCAUGAGUUUGGGUUGUGCCAAAUAAGCAAGCUUAUAAAUGCUUAUGAAGGUCUAUGGUUUUGGAGAUCUCUUCCUCCAGUUUCUCUUGGUGUUAAAUGUGCCACGCUUGUCUGUCAUUUAAAACAUGCAUCACUGGCAGGCUUUAUCAUAUGUAUGAACAUGCCUGAAGAAGCUCAACGCUAAGUGCACCAACUAACAUGGAAUUCCACAGAUGUAAGCUGAAGGAAAGUGCUUGAUAGCAGACAGCUGAAUCAACAUUAAAGUGCAGCCAAAAGGUAUGGCACACUGUG